ACCUUCCAGAGGGGGGAGGGGAGGGGUGCCCCCCGGCUGGGUCGGCUAAUGACUUUAAUGAACUAGAUGUUCGUCUAUUUUAUACAAAAUAUUAAGGCAGAAAUCAAUACAUUAAUUUUCGGUCAUGACGGAGAGGGAAGUGAAUUUUUUUUUGUAUUUUAAAAAAUAGAAAUAAUAAUAAUAUAAUUUUUUUUUUAAUUUUGUUCCGAUUCAUUAUCAUCAUGUUUCAGAUUAUGAAAAAUAUGUUAUAAUUCGAAAUCCUAACCUGCUUCCUAAAUUUUAGUUUGAGUACAGUCUUAAAUAUAGUUAAUAGAAAAGUAGGUAAAAUAUAGUUACUUAGAUUAAUAGAAAUGGAUUAUUGUCCAAGAGCCAGCUGUCAUCCUUAUUACAUAAAAAUAUCGCCGGGCAUCAUGCCGCCGGGUUCGCCGGGGAUAUUUCGAAGGAAAUCUGCUUCGUCGGAUGAGGCAACACUGAGCUCCACGCUCCUUCGUAAUGACACAGUCGACUAUCUGAAAAUGUCGGGGGCACACGUCCCUUGGCCGAACACCAAAGAGGAUUACGACCUUAAAGAAGUCAUCGGUGUCGGAGCUACUGCAGUCGUCCACGCAGCAUAUUGCAAACCCAGGCAAGAGAAAUGUGCGAUCAAGAGAAUCAACUUGGAGAAAUGGAAUACAAGCAUGGAGGAACUCCUGAAAGAGAUUCAGGCGAUGUCCUCAUGCAACCACGAGAACGUUGUAACGUAUUACACGAGCUUCGUCGUGAGAGAGGAACUUUGGCUCGUCCUACGCUUGUUAGAAGGUGGUUCCCUCCUUGAUAUCAUUAAGCACAAGAUGAGGGCUACAAACUGCAAGCAUGGUGUCUUUGACGAGGCGACUAUUGCGACGGUGCUGAAGGAAGUUCUAAAAGGCCUAGAAUAUUUUCACAGCAAUGGCCAAAUUCAUCGAGACAUAAAAGCUGGUAAUAUCCUUCUCGGUGAAGAUGGUACUGUCCAAAUUGCUGAUUUCGGUGUCUCAGCUUGGUUGGCUACGGGACGAGAUCUGUCUAGGCAAAAAGUGCGACACACUUUUGUCGGAACUCCUUGUUGGAUGGCUCCUGAAGUGAUGGAGCAAGACCAUGGGUACGAUUUCAAGGCUGAUAUAUGGUCAUUUGGUAUCACGGCUAUCGAAAUGGCCACAGGCACAGCGCCUUACCACAAGUAUCCUCCCAUGAAGGUGCUGAUGCUAACGCUGCAAAACGAUCCUCCCACGUUAGAUACGGGAGCAGAGGACAAGGACCAGUACAGAGUUUACGGGAAGACGUUCAGGAAAAUGAUUAUAGACUGUUUACAGAAAGAUCCAACGAGAAGACCGACAGCUACAGAACUUUUGAAACACCCUUUCUUCAAGAAGGCAAAGGACCGAAAAUACCUUCAGCAGACGUUGGUUGCUAUUGGUCCCAGUUUGGAAACGAGAGUUCAGAAGGCUUCAAAGAGGCAGCCUGGUACCUCAGGACGUCUUCAUCGGACUGUAACUGGAGAAUGGGUUUGGUCGUCAGAAGAGGAAGGAGGGUUGUCCAGCGAUGAAGAGGGUGCUGAGAAACCUAUGAACAAUAUAGGUGGCGGCGACUUGUCCUCUGGUAGCGAGAAGGAUCUGACUGAAAUUGACGGUGGUACGCAACUCAACCUUGUUCUGAGGAUGAGAAUCCCUAAUCUGUUAACCUACAUUGUAAUCGAAGAUCUAGACGAGAAUGCUAAGCGCGAGUUAAAUGACAUCAGGUUUGAAUUUGUCGUUGGCAAAGAUUCAGCAGAGGGCAUAGCUUCAGAAUUGGUGGGUGCUGGGCUGGUCGAUCCACGAGACAUAGUAGUCAUCGCUGCGAACCUCCAGAAGCUGAUCAACAGUUAUGGAAAUCUUGUCUCCGUCACCUUUCCCUUGAAUUCCGGUAUUGCUCCGAACGAGACUGCGAGUGAGGCGGCCCUUAUAGGCUUUGCUGCUAUCUCCAUUCUAGAUUAAUGAAGCCUGGGGUAUGAAAGGCGAGAGGAGCUAGCGGAGAGCUCGACAUGCCUGUAGCUCUGAACGCAGCUUUAUAUAGAGACUCAUAUUCCUAUGUUUUUCUCUACAUCCCUCAGGUUGAGGUUUGUGCCAUGUCAAAUUUUUUAAAAUAAUAAACCUGACAUAAAAUGUUAUCUAGUGGAAGAGAGAAAUUAAGAUCAAGGCUGAAGGAGUCGUCCGAUGGUUGCACAAUAUUUUAUUUUAAUUUUGUCAAUCCAUUUAUGUAUACAUUCACUCAAUAACCGUGAGUGGUGUCUAUCUGGAUCGGUAGGCUAUAGUUGAUGUUGUCUAUUCUGAUGAUAUUUUAAACUAUCUCUAGAAUUUUUAUUCUUUACCUUUUGUUUGGUUUCUUAUUCAUCUGUUUUUAAACUAUGCUACAGUAAAUAAUCAUUAAUCUUUUGAACAGAUAAAAACUUCCUUUAAAAUUUAAUUUUCUACAGUAAAAUUAUCAAUUCAGGAUUUGCCAGAUGUAUUUACUUCUUCACUAGUCAAAUUUAUUUGAUUAUUCAAAUCGUAUUUAUUGAUUUCGAAUUGUAUCUUUACAGCAAAAAAUUUAAAAAUAUAUAUUUUUCCGUCUUAAUAAAAUAACAUCAUUCAUUUCAAACAGAUUUCAAUAAACACUUUUAAAAAAAUUUUAUAUUUUCCAAAAAAUCAUUUUUAACCGAUUCUGAGAUAAUUAAUUCUAUAGUUUUUAAUUUAAUGCUCGAAAAUAAUUUUAUCUUUUUUUUAUAUUAACCUAAAACUAUCAUUUACACCUCACUAGCUUGAUUUGACAAGAUUCUAACUGGUCUAACCUUAAUUGUUUGCUCAUUUCUCAACGUAGUAAUAAUUUAAGUUUUGAAUAUUGUUUAAUAAAAAAGUUCUUUCCUCUGAUUUUAUUUAAAUUAUGUCAACAUAGAAGUUAAAACUUUCUUAAGUAAAUAUAAUAUAUCUGUAAAAUCUUAAAGGAGAGUCAAAAGCAUCAAUAACAAAAAAAUGUUAGUUAAAACCUUGUCAAACCAAGAUCUAGGAAUAGCUAAUAUCAAAUUUUUUCACAUUCAGUUGGGCGUGAUUCCAAAAUCCAAUCGAAAAGUUCAGAUGUAAACAAUCUACGAAAAUGAUAUUGAUUAAUGUCAUUAACUUUUAUUAAUAUUCAAAAUUUGUUUGCUAUUACUUCAAUAUAAUUUAUAUAAAAAUAUUAUGUUCUUUCAUUAAAUAUAAGUACUAAUUAAUAUUUCAUCUGAUCCAUCCAGCAAAUCGUGCUAAAUGGCCGACCAUUCAAUAAUAUAUUAUUUAAAAUUAAUUUUUUAUUUCUUUUUAAAAAGCAAUAUAUCAUUUUUCUUUUUUUUUAUAUACAGUUCUAUUUUGGUUUCCAUAGCAAUUUUAAUAUUAUAUAGCUUUUCUGCAUUUGUUGCUUCUAGUGCUAUUCUAUGGGAGAUUUAUAAACCAUAAUAAUUGAUAACUUUUAUCAUAUUAUAGGUACAUAACUCAAUUUUUUAUUUAUCUCUAAAUCCAUUUAAUGAGUUGGAAUUAAACAUCAUAUACUGUCAAAGGUUGGGCAGUUACAUGUUCAUAUCCAAUAAUAUUAACUUAUAUUUUCACAGACAUAUUUCUCCUAAAGUUUUUUUUUUUUUUUUUUUUUUUCUCAUUCGGAAUCAAUCACAAAAUUUAUUUAAUUGUUCUAUAAUUUAUUAUUUGAUCUGGUUUUAAAUUUAAAACUAUUUCAACAUCAAUAUAUUCCCAGAGCGUGAAUGUGUUCUCUGAACACUAUUAUAAAUGUUCUUAAUUGUGACAGAUAGUAAUAUUGCUGAAUAAAUAAAAAUAUAUAUAUAUUCCAAAUUUUAAACAUUAACUGAUGAAGGAAUAGCAGCACUUUCCUUUACAAAGUCUAAUCUUAUAAUCUUGCCUAUGGUGACUAAAUUAGAACACUAUUUUUUUUUUUUUUUUUUCAUACAGUAUGUUAGUAUUAUUUUGAUUUCUUUGAAUAAAUCUGCUGUAUUAUAAUCCAAUCGCGUGCUUUUAGUUUUGGAAAAUUAAUUUAUUCAGUUAUUUUAGUGUUUACAAAUGGAUUUAAUCGACUAAGACGCUACAACUUUUCAUAAAAUUAUAUAUAUAUUUUUCUACUAGUUUUGACAAUAAGUAUCAUCUGAUGAUCUUUAUUUAUUUUAUUAUUUGGUGUAUUCGGUAUAAGUUUUAUUUAAGGUUAUUAGGCUUCAUAUUUUGUUGUAUAUAUUUAUUUGAUUUAAAUUAUUAUUAUUAUUAUUCGUUUCAUUUCCAAUGCUUCUAACGUAAUAUCAGUCAUACUUAUAAAAUAAAAAAUUCUGAUAAGUCGAGCAACGAAAUUUGGCCUCUUCAUCUCAUCAAUGUAUAUAUUUCUUUAUAAGAUAAACAUAUAAUAAUUAUAAUUUGCAUUUCAUUUUUAAAAUGAUGUUUAUAUUAAUUAUUUCUUUGUUUACUUAGUAAAAUACAUAAUAACAAUAGUUCGAUCGUAGACCUUAAAUAUUGUGACCAUAAUAAUCUUAAUCUUAACAUGUAGAAUCUCAAACGUCAAUUAUUUCUUAUAAUAAUUCUUCUAAUUUCUUUGCUACAUUGUUUUCUCUUCGAUGUAUUUUCCUUUUAAACUGACGAUUCAAGACACUGAUUAACUAGUCAUUUUCCUGAAACAUGAAUCAACAAAAAUAAUUGUGAAUGACCACUUAGCAAGAAAUCUAUGUACUUAAAUUCUUUUUCUAAAAAAUAAUAAUAAUUUUGAUGUACAUAUUUGUUAUUAUUCGAAUAAAAAAUUAAUAUUAUAAGAUAUUUUUAUUUAAUAAUAAAGUAUUUUAAUGUCUCUUAUAGAAAAUUGAUCACAGUUCCUGUGAUUAGAAAAGAUAUAACGAUUAAUUUAGUGCAUUUUGAUAGUAGCCAUAUACAGACAGACAAUAUCUUUAGUAAAAUUAGUAAAUAAUUUUUAUUUUCUUCAAAAAUAUUUCGUAAAAAAUAAUGUGUUCAGUUUUGGUAUUUUAAAAUUAUUUUUCAAUAUUAUGUCAACACAUGAGCUAUUUUCCCCUGUUAAUUGUUAAAAUCUAAUUUCCUUACCUGAAAUAAUCACUGUAUUCUUUGUAUAUUUAAGUAAUUAUGUGUCUGUAUUAUUUUUUAAAAUAUUUAAAAAAUAAAAUAUAGAAAUAAAAAAAAGCUUUAAUGCUUAUUGUAAAAGUUUUAUUUGUUAAUAAAAUUGUAAUGCCAAUUUUUUUUUUUUUUAAUUUAUUUAUUGUUUUUGAGGUUUAUAUUUCAUUUAAGUACUGUUUACAAGAUGUAUUUCAAUACAAGUAUUUAUAUCUG